ACAAUAAAAAAUCUAAAUGGUUAACGUUGGUUUUUCUGGCGAGCGCUAUAGAGUCAAUUGAUAUUGCAGUUUCAUCAAGCAAGCAAUUCGUCGACGACGAGAGAGAAGGGAUGAAAGGAAAUGCAAGUUUUAUGGAGGUCUGCACAGUACCAUUAGUUCACUCCAUCCACAGCGCCAGUUCCAAGUUCAAGACGGUCAAGAAAGCGUUUUCCACUCCAAUUUUCACCCAAAAUGUUCGAAUAAAUGCCGAAGCCAAAACUGAAAUUAGGGUAUGCGUGAACAGGACUUGCAGGAGACAGGGCUCUUUGGAAACCUUCCAAGUUAUCUCAGGAAUUGCUCCUCCCGACAUUUCUGUCAAAACUUGUGGUUGCUUGGGCAGCUGUGGCAACGGCCCCAACCUCCUCGCUCUACCUGGCGCCAUCUUCGUCAGCCAUUGUGGAACGGCGGCUCGAGCGGCUCAAGCAGUCUUUACUCUGUGCAACAUUAGUGGUAAUGAGGAUAUUAACGCCAGUGCUUGGAUUAGCAACAGCCUUACCAGUCUUGGUUUGAGGAAACGAGCUGAAGAUGAACUGCGAAGAGAUAAUGCUUCUGAGGCUCAACUGUUACUCACCCAGGCUAUAAGCCUUAAACCAUGUGGAGGUCUGCAUAUCGUGUACAAAGACAGGUCUGCAUCAUUCUUAACAUUGGGAAAGCUAGUUGAGGCUCUUGAAGAUGCUAACAAAGCAGUGGCUCUUGCUCCUAAAGAUACUCAAGCCUAUCUAUGUCAAGGUGAUGCUUUCAUGGGCUUGAAUCAAUUUGAAUUAGCUGAGCAGUCCUACAUUGUUGCUGCAGAGUUAGAUCCUCCCAUCCAACGUUCUAAAUCGUUCAAGAUGCGAAUUGCAAAGCUCCAAGGCAAAGUUGAGCAAGCAAAUUUGUUAUGAGAUUUUCUAGUACCACUUUCCUUAUGUAAGAAUGACUGAAAGGUUGGUUCUUUUUUGUUCAGGAUUAUGCUACUCUCUCUUUUCCACUUUUCCUAUUUUUUA